CAUUAAUGAUAAAUUCAUUAAUGACUUUUAAAUUCUUAGAUUAUAAAGAUAAGAGAUUAAUCCUUAAAAUGUAAUAAUGUAAAUGGUUUAAUUGUCUUCAUUUCAUUGAAAAAUCACUAAAUUAAAAUAUUUUUAAUUGCGUAAAAAAACUAUUGAAGAACAAAACAUCACUACCCAAUAAAAAUGGAUUUUAAGUGUUCUGUAAAUUUAUCAAACUCAUUAUUACAAAUUAGGCCACACAUAGUUGGCCAAUAUAAGAAAGGCCAAUUUUAUUUCUUUUGCUUUUAGAUGGUAAUAAGAAAGACCGUUUAACAUUAAUCAAAAGUAGACUGUGGGAACAAGUUGAUGAUAGAAACAAUAAAGAUAUGCUGGGAAAGAAAAAAACAAACAUUAUGCAACUUUAAUCAAGUAUAGAUUAGUCAAAAGAAAGACCGAGUAUAGAUUAACCAAAAGGUAUUAGCUAGUGGAUUGAUUAUAUGCAACUUUAUUUCGUGUUAAAGAGAACGUGAAGAAAAAAUCAAACACAUGAUGAACGAAGCUAUAAUCAGAAUGAACGACAACAACGAAGGAAACAAAGAAGCGAUCGGAUCUGGUUUACUUCGUGACUGGUCAGAGUUGAAUAAGGAAUGUCUCAUCGACAUAGUUUCGCGGCUAAGCAUGGAAGAACGUUGGAGAGGACCAAUGCUCGUAUGCAAGCCUUGGAUGUACGCUUGCGACGACCCGUCUCUCAACUCGGUAUUUGAUCUAGAUACUUGGUUCGAGGGGUCUCGGAUUUCGAAUCUUUGGUUUAGUUACGAGUUUGAGCAGAAGGUUGACUCCUUUCUCCGGUGUGUUGUGGAUCGAAGCCAAGGUGGUCUCAAGGAGAUCCGCGUUAGGCACUGUUCGGAUCAAUCUUUGUUGUACGCUGCUGAGAGAUGCCCUAGUUUGGAGGUUUUAUGUCUUAAAAGCUGCUUAAGUGUCACAGAUGCAUCAAUAUCAAAGAUAGCUGUGAGCUGCCCUAAUUUGGAUGUUUUGUGGAUUCAGAGCUGCUUAAAUGUUACUGAUGCAUCGAUGGCAAAGAUAGCUUCCAGCUGCCCUAAGCUUAGGGAGCUCGAUAUCAGCCACUCUAUUGAAAUAAGCCAAAAGGCUUUGAAAAUGAUUGAAAGGAGUUGCGAGAAUGUGAAGAUCAUCGUAGAACCUCCAUCGAAUGUUAGACUAUCUCGUGACGAGGCUAGUAAAUUUGGACUAUCAGUACGAAGCAUUACAAGGCGUGAACUACUUGAGCAUAUCAGAAAUAUAAAUACGAAUGACAAUUAAAAAACUACCUCCUCAAUCUUUACUCUCCAGUUUGUGUGUUCGAGACUUCUUCGAUUUGGAUUUGUUUUGUUUUGUUUGAUUAAUUGCUGCAUUUCUGUCUUGAAUACUUUGUUGUAUAAGAUUUGAGAAGGGGGGGGGGGGGGGGGGGGGGGGGGGGGGGGGGUUGUCUUGCUUACAAUUCAAAUGAAAGUAUUUUUACAAAAUCACGAUUAAUUUUUCUUAGGAUUUACUUACCAAAACGAGAGACCAUAAUUUUUUUCCUUUUGCAUACUUUUUUUUUAACAUCAGAUGAUUAAUUAUUCUAUUACCACGAUGAAUAACUUUAUCGUUAACUUUGGAAGCGGAAUUUCAUUUGACAAAAAAACUUUGGAGACGAAAAGAAACAUCUGUUUUUGUCAUCAAAUGUUAAUAUGUAUUUAAUCAUCCAACUCUUAUGAUCGACUUUGCUAUAACCAUAUCCAUAUUUAAUCAGAUGAGAAUAUGGCCGGCAACUGGUCCUGCUUACAAUUCAAAUGAAAGUAUUUUAACAAAAUUACCAUUCAAUUUUCUUAGGAUUUACUUGCCAAAAGGAGAGACCAUAAACUUUUUCCUUUAGCAUUAACUUUUUUUAAACGUCUGAUGAUUAAUUAUGGUAUUACCACGAUGAAUAAUUUUAGUGUUGCUUUGGAGACGGAAUUUCAUUUGACUAAAAAAAAAGUUUGGAGACAGAAAGAAACAUCCGUUUUGGUCCUCAAAUGUUAAUAUGUAUGAAUCAUCCAACUCUUAUGAUCGACUUUGCUAUAAACAUAUCCAUAUUUAAUCAGACGAGAAUAUGGGCGGCAACUGGUUUUUGCAUUCAGGUUUUACGUAAAUAACAUCUUUUGCGAAAAUGUGAUCAAUUUCAUAUAUGAAUAUGAGACUUGUUUGGAAGAAUUACAAAUCGAACUAGAGUCUACCUUUGUCCAAAAAGGAUUAAGAACAAGGUAAAGUCUAGGUGAGCUUGAUAAUCAAGCAAUAACUUGGACCAAUUCAGAUUAGUCUAGCUAAUCUAAUUUGAUGCAAGACAAGAUGAAGAUGAGCAAAAAGCCAGUUUACAAAAAAAAAGAUGAAGAUGUGCAAAAUAGCAUGUUGGAGAAAAAACGAUUUUACCACUAGCUCAUUCUCUAUCUGAAUUAGAGAAAUUCUAUGGUCAUUUAUUGUUUGUACUUUAUAAAUAAGGUCUUCUAAAGGUCAUUCUCUAUCCAGUUUACACAAAAGGUUGCUCGCUUGUGCCUCUUCUUUGAUCUUUUCUUCUACUGUUUGUUGGUUGGCUAUAUGAAACAACUCUAAAACCGAGUUGUUGUGUUAUAUUAAAACAAGGAAGAGGGAGAUAGAGAAGGAGGUUAGGAUAAAUCUCAAUU